AUGAAGGUCCUGAAGGAGAUUGCUGCAGAGAAUAACAUAGUUCUGAAACUAGGAAGAGCUUCUUCUUCUUCUUCCACUGAGGGAACAACAGCUGAUGUUUCGAAGGCUAAGUUAACAAGUGAAGAUAGAGUAGAUGAUGAAGGCUAUGAGGUAUCUGAUUCAGUCAAGAGAGGUCAAAAGAGAUGCAAAGAUGUGGCUGAUGCAGCACAAGCAGCGUUCUCAGUUUUCUCCUCGUGGACCGGACAAUCGGAGUGA